AUGAAAAUAUCACACAUAGUCGUCGCUAUAGCGCUUACUUUCUCUGCAAAUGUUUUUAGUCAAACAGACAAACAUUAUGCCUUGAGUACUUCUGCCUCUGGUUAUAAGGUGGAUGGGAAAGUUAAGAGUACUGACGCUGGUCUUCAAAUUCCUUUAAGUCUGAUUUCCGAUAAGAAAGAUGGUAUUAAUCUAUACGGAAACACGAUCGAAAAUCUUGUGGUGGACGUCGAUUAUGAAACAGAAGAGAGACUACAUAUAAAGAUUUCUGACAAAGAAAAGAAGCAAUAUACGGUGCCUGACUCUCCUUUGGGUAUUGAACGUCCUAACGUCGUUCAUCGCGCCGAAAAAGCAAAUUAUGAUUUCCAAUACACUGCAAAGCCAUUCAGUUUUAGAGUUGUUCGUAAAAGUGAUAAGGCAGUCAUUUUUGACACCUCUAAUAUGCCUUUUGUAUUCGAAGAUCAAUAUCUUGAAUUGUCAACGAAACUUCCUGAUGAUGCAAAUAUUUAUGGUCUUGGUGAAGUCACGGCACCAUUCAGACGCACAACAAACAUCACUACUAUUUGGGCCCGUGAUAAUGCUGAUGAUUUCUACCGUAAUAUUUACGGCUCGCACCCUUACUAUUCCGAAAUCCGUGAUGGCAAAGCUCAUGGCGUACUUUUGAUGAAUUCUCAUGGUAUGGAUGUUGUUACAGCUGACAAUCGCAUUACUUACAAAGUAAUUGGUGGUAUUUUGGAUUUCUACUUCUUCGUUCCAAAAUCUGGUUCACCAAACGACGUCAGUAUCGCCUAUACUGAUUUGAUUGGCAAACCGCUGAUGCCAUCUCAUUGGAUGCUUGGUUGGCAUCAUUGUAGAUACGGCUAUAAGAGCAUAAAUGAUGUUGAAACUGUCAUUAAGAAAUAUAAGGAAGCUAAUAUUCCUCUUCAAACCGCCUGGGUUGAUAUUGAUUACAUGGAAGAGACAAAGGAUUUCUCUUUCGACGGCGUCAAUUUCCCAAAGAAGCGUAUGAUUGCUCUCGGUGAACAGCUUCACAAAGAAGGACAGAAUUACGUUGUCAUGGUUGAUCCUGCCAUCAGCGCUAAUACUACCUACGGCCCCUAUGUACGUGGUACUGAAAUGGAUGUUUGGAUUAAGAACCCCGAUGGAUCUGACUAUGUUGGUAUGGUAUGGCCAGGCUAUACUACUUUCCCUGACUGGUGGCACCCUAAUGCAAGCGCUUACUGGGAGAAAGAAAUAGGCGAUUUUGUCGAUAUGCUUGGUGUAGACGGCUUGUGGAUCGACAUGAACGAACCUGCUAGCUUCUGUCUUGGUUCCUGCGGCAGUGGAAAAGUAGAUGCUGGCAAACAACCCUACCGAUGGCUUUUACCUCAAGAAGUUCAGGACGCCAAUCAUGCUGCCCAGGAAGAGGCUCUCAAAGCCUUAGGCAACCCUCCUGGAGAAACACGAGAUCUUUUGUAUCCCAAGUAUGUUAUCAAUAACGGCGGUGGCAAUCUUUCUGAACUGACUGUUGCUACAACUGCUCUUCACUAUGGCAAUGUCCCACACUAUGAUAUUCACAACUUGUACGGUCACGCUGAAAGCUAUAUAACUCGUAAUGCCCUGAUUAAACAAAACAGCAAGGCGAGACCGUUUGUCUUGAGCAGAUCUACCUUCGUCGGCACUGGCAAAAAUGCUGGCCAUUGGACAGGCGACAACCAUUCAUUAUGGGAAUAUCUUAAGAGCUCGUUAGCCAAUAUUCUUAACAUGCAAAUGUUUGGUAUAACCUAUUCCGGUGCUGAUGUUUGUGGUUUUAACCAAAAUACGACAGAGGAACUUUGUACUCGAUGGAUGUCCAUUGGCGCUUUUUACCCUUUCGCUAGAAACCAUAACGCUAUUGGACAAUCUGAUCAAGAGCCUUACUUGUGGAACACUACUGCUGAAGCCAGUCGUAAUGCUCUUCAAGUUCGCUACGCGCUUCUUCCCUAUUACUAUACACUCUUUGAAGAAUCACAUCGUUUAGGCACCGGUGUCUGGCGUCCACUUAUCUUUGAAUAUCCCCAGUACAAUGAAAUCGCUGCAAACGACCUUCAAGUACUCGUGGGCUCUGAUAUCUUGCUCUCUCCUGUACUCGACAAAGGUCGAACUACUGUCGAUGCCCAGUUCCCUCCUGGAAUUUGGUAUGACUGGUUUACUCAUGAAACAACAGUCGAGAACGUAGGCAAACACGCAGAAGUUGAAACCGUUACUCUUGACGCACCUAUUACGCAUAUACCUGUCCAUAUUCGUGGUGGUUCUAUUAUUCCUACAAAACAACCCAAAUAUACAGUCGGCGAAACCUAUUCAACGGAGUACAGCCUUAUCAUCGCCCUUGAUGAUUCAGAUACUGCUAAAGGUAGACUCUAUAUUGAUGAUGGUGAAUCCUUGGAAGUUGAGAAUAGCUCCGAUAUCUCUUUCACUUACAAGAAGGGUAAGCUCUCUGCUUCUGGUGAAUUUGGUUACGCCCAUCCUGAAAAGCUCCAAAAGAUUACUAUUAUUGGCAAGGGCGCAAGUAAAUUAACCAUAGCCCAUACUGAGCACAAGUCAAUCGAAUUGACCAAAGACGAUAAUUCUGUAACUGCUGACAACGUUUCUAUUAAUUUGACCGAACCUUUCGAAAUUAAAUUUGAUUAA